GACAACAACAAAUCGUUCGCUACGUACAUGACCGUCACCACUUCUACCCAUCACAAACUGUCUCACUCUCGAAACACCGACGAACGAUUCCAAGCCUUGGAUCGCGCCUUGGCAAGGAGAUAUGUCGUGCGUCUACUCCAAGAACGAAGAUUGCGUAGCAAUCAAGAGCAAUCUCAGGGCGAUAUAUUAUUCAGACCAAGAGUGGAAAUAUGUGAUAACCCCUCUUCGUCACGUAUCACGGCCACGCUUGAACUUCCUGGCAUGAAAGCAGACGAUGUGCGGGUCACACUCGAACGCGAUAACCUUCUAGCUAUAUCAGGCGAACGCGUGUCGAAAGCACUUUCUGACCAGUCCGCGUCUGUUAGUUUUCCUGUGAGGGAGAUCAAGUAUGGAAAGUUUCUUCGUACACUGGAUGUUCCAUCCGGUACAAUGAUGAGUACCAUAUCAGCGGCAAUGAGCGAUGGCAUGCUCCUUAUAUCUUGGCCUCGUUCUCCUCCGGGCGCCAGAACGCGUUCUCCGCAGUGAUCUUUCGGCCACGCUGUAGCAUCAUGUUCUACCUUAUCCGUUCUUCUGGACUACACUCCCAACUCCUACAUUAUGAUUUGGGUUAAUCGUUACCAUAGAUAUCUUUCGCUCAUCAGUUUCUUGCUGCAGUUUUGAUAGCCGUCCUAUCAUAUUUGUUUUACUUGUAGCAUACACGCGUACCUAGAGUCAUCGUUCUUGUGUCGUGUCAUAACACUGGAUGGGCGCUUUCCGUGCUUAUCAGUGGCAGAGGCAGAUUCACACUAAAUAAUAUGUAUCACUAUCAGUACAAUUUCCAACUUCUUCCAAUUUGAGAGAACAAUGCAAAUGUAUGGGACGAGUCACUACACUGCUUAAUUUCACAAGACUGCGCUUUGUUCAUUAAAAU